GACAACUUCUUCCACUCGGUGGUCAAAGUCGGGGCGUGGGGCGUGAGGUGGCGUGAGGGGUGUUUUCUUCAGGGCCGGAGCCAAGAAGGGCAGGGCGCCUUCUUCGCAAGACCCCGAGGAGGGAAGGGGAGAGAGGGACUCGGGCGGAGAGAGACAGAGAGGAGGAGGAAGAGGAGGAGGAGGAGGAGGAAGAAGAGAGGCUGCUGCCUGUGGAGAGACGCUGCCUGGUGCGGUGCGCGCUUCUGGGACACAACUCCCGCCUGCUGUCCAGCUCUGACCAUUGGGCCCCUUUUCGCCGUUGUCGUCUUCUUAUCCGACGUGGGGUUUCCCUUGAACUGAAGGCGGCGCGCUUUCUCUCUCUCUCGCCCUGAGUGUCUCCUCGCCUCGGGACUUUUCUUGCACCUCUAGCCGGGGACGAAGCUGAGGGCACUUUCCUCCUCCGCCUUCUCAAGUGCCCAACGUUUCCAGACCUUUAUUCCUUUGGCGGGACAGCAUCCUCACCUUGGAGCAGCGCGAAAGUGAAGAAGAUUCUUGGGCUACAAAAGAUGAAGAGUCUACUUUUUCUGGUGCUGAUUUCUUUCUGCUGGGCUGACCCUUGUGUUGCCAACUUCACACUGGAGCAUGACAGAAUUUUUCACAUCCAUGAAAAUGGACCUCGCCUUCUUGUGAAAGCAGAACAAAGUAAAGUCUUUUCACAGCGGGGUGGUAAUAUUACACUGCCAUGUACAUUUUACCGUCAACAUGCAUCACCUGACUCAGGUCUCCAUAAAAUUCGGAUCAAGUGGACCAAACUCACCUCAGAUUACCUCAAAGAGGACGACGUCUAUGUUGAAAUGGGAUACCACAAAAAGAGCUAUGGAAAUUACCAAGGAAGGGUAUCCUUAAAGAAAAGCACUGAAAAUGAUGUCUCUCUUGUAAUCACAAAUAUAAUGCUGGAAGAUUACGGGAAAUAUAAAUGUGAAGUUAUUGAAGGCUUAGAAGAUGACACAGCUAUUGUAUCCCUAAAUUUAGAAGGCAUUGUAUUUCCUUACUUUCCACAACUGGGUCGCUACAGCUUUAACUUCCACGAAGCUCAACAAGCCUGCCUGGAGCAAGAUGCAGUUAUAGCUUCCUUUGACCAGUUGUAUGAAGCAUGGCGAUUAGGUCUGGACUGGUGCAAUGCAGGCUGGCUCAAUGAUGGAUCAGUUCAAUAUCCUAUCACAAAUCCCAGGGAACCUUGUGGUGGGAAGAACACAGUGCCUGGAAUCAGAAAUUACGGCUUUUCAAAUAAGGACCUAAGCAGAUAUGAUGUCUUCUGUUUUACAUCCAGGUUUAAUGGCCGUUUUUACUACCUAAUUCACCCGACCAAGCUGACCUAUUAUGAAGCAGUGCACGCUUGCCUCAAAGACGGUGCACAGAUUGCUAAAGUAGGCCAAAUGUUUGCCGCCUGGAAACUCCUAGGAUAUGACCGCUGUGAUGCUGGCUGGCUGGCUGAUGGCAGUGUCCGGUACCCGAUCUCCAAGCCAAGAAAACGCUGCAGUCCUACUGAAGCAGCGGUCCGCUUUGUGGGCUUUCCAGAUAAAAAGCACAAGCUCUAUGGUGUCUACUGCUUCAGGUCAUACCAGUGAAUGUACCUAGAGCACAAUAAUGUCCAAUUCAUCAAGAACAUGUGAAGGAUUUUGUUUCAGUAUGAACUCAUUCAAGUUACCAAAACUGUGAUAAAUCUUUUUUACUUACUGUAAAGAGUCAUUUUCAUAAAACCAACCCAUUAAUUUGUUUUGGUUAUUUUUUAAGGAAAGAAAUCAUUUCAUAGAUAUUUUAAAUUAAUAUAAUUUAAAGGAAACUCUAGGUAAAGAUGUGCUUGAAGCAUACCUAUUAAGCUACAUCAUUCUGACAAAGCAUUUUUUUCUUCCGUGAAUGGGGCAUGCAAUAGCUUGAUGAUUGCUAGGACUAAGUUAAGGAAUGUAAGGCUACUCAAAGCAAAAACCUUUCUCAAGGGUAAUAAGUUUACAUAUUUGCAUCGUGUUAAAACGGACCAGUGAAUAGUUACUGAGAUCUCCAUGUCCUUAUUGUAGUGAUCUCUUUUUAACUGCCAUCCCAUGUGGUUUUGUGAGCAGUUAAAAACAAUGAUGUGGACACAAUUCAAACCAAUAGUCUUUUAUAGUCUACAGUAUGUGAAUUGUUUCACUGUUUAAACUCAUGCCUUCAACAAGGAUCUGCUCAUAAACCCAUAACAUUCCAACAAGCAUAGUUAAGUCUUCUCAAUAUCAUUCCUGGUUUUAUUAUGUAUGCAGUAGACAUGUGUGUAUGAAUAAUUAAAGAAUGGACUCUAAUUUCUUCUAGUUUUUAACACAAAGUAAAUAUACCUGCAAUGUAUUGCAUUACUUUGAGUAGCUUUAUGGGAGUAUUCCUAAAUGCCAUUUUGCUAAGCAGCAUUUAGCAUCUACUCAGGGCAGUUAUAUAUAAAUGAACUGCUGGACAGAAUCACACAAAUGUAUUAAAUAUAGCAGCUUGAUUUCAUGAUAGCUUUUAAAAUAUUACUGUCUUUAUAAAUGAAACAUUUAAAUAUUUAAUUUUUUUCCUUAGUUACUCAUGUGGGAGAUAAGCAUUUGAUUAAUCUUGAAACAUAAUAUUUAUCCUAUGAUUAAAAAACAAAAGAAGAAAACUGCUGGGGUAAAUAUCUGUAUAUUCAGUGGCCCAUGAUCCAAUAUUACCUUUAUAACUUCAGUUUCCCUCAGGGCCCAUCCGCACUGCAUCAUUAAUGCAGUUUAACAUCACUUUAAUUACCAUACUCAAUCCUAUGGAAUCAUAAGAGUUGUAGUUUUACAAGGUCUUUAGCCCUUUUUUGCCAAAGAGUGCUGGUGCUUCACCAAACUACCCAGGAUUCCAUUGCUUCGAGCCAUGCCAAUUAAAGCGGUGUCAAACUGAAUUAAUUCCAGAGUGUAGAUGCACCCUCAACUAAUUCUGUGAGUGUUCCCAUUCAUUUUAGUGGAGGCAGCACAGCUGCUCUUAUACAUAAAUCCCUUUGCACUUAUGAAUUUAUGCAGCCACAGAAGGGAAUGAGAUUGUCCUUGAAAGUCAUGGAGCUCUUUGCCAACACAAGUCUUCAUGUCUAUAAGCAUUCACUUUAUCAAAAAAAAAAAAAGUAAAAUCAACUAUACCAACAUUCUUGGUUUUGACUCCUUGAAAUAUUGCUAUUAGAAAUCUGCAGAUCUUGGAAGAGUUAAGUUGUAAGACUAUGAAAUAAUCAGGCCAGGCAAUCAUUGCAGAAAUAAACAAAAACAAUUUGAACCUUCUAGAUACUGCCUGAAAGCUUCUUCUGAAUGCAUCUAAGGAUGACUCUUCGAAUUUCAGCAGCCUCCACUUUUCUUAAAAUUUCUGUUUUUGUGGCCACAUUUACAGAUCUAGGCUAAAUUAGUUUGCUGGGGAAAGCUGAUGAAGCAAGUUAUCAGCAUUCUCCUUACUUCUGUUUUGUUGAUCAUAUUUCUGAUGGAAACUUUUAAAAGGAGCAUAUAUUGUAUAGUGAAAGGAGCAACCAGAAGUCUUGGACAUUGAUGUCACAAAAGUUAAUUAUGACUAAUUGCUAUUGAAGUUAUUGGAAGAAGUUCAACAUGAUUGUACAACAGGACCUUCCACUUCUCUCCCCACUCCCUUUGUCACUUUUCAUUCCCUGCCCUCCAAAAAAUCUUAUGAGCAGAUUUGUUUCGAUUGUAGAACAGAAGGAAAGAGUAUUCCAACAGGGCGGUGGGCUAAUUGGAUACUUCAGUCCCAUUGCUUUCAGUGGGACACAUUCAAAUCCUCUAAAUAUCUAUUCAGAAGUGAGUCCAGGGGAGACUUGCUCCUAGAUAAUUGGCUAGGAGAUGGCUUUAUUUCAUCACUUUCGCUAUCUAGAUUAAGGCCCUGCAUCCAAAUCUCAGUAGUCAGAAAAGCUUCAUGCUUCUUUCAGUCUAAUGAAUCUUUUACUACCUGGAAGGAAUGCAGACAAAUGAUUGUGAACUUGAUUGUUUUCACAGGAGGGCACUGGCACACUAAUGAGAGAUAUUCUUUCUCUACCCUCAUUAGUACAAACAACCGAAUAUUGGUACUUAUAGACACCAGUGUCAACAAUACUAAGUUAUUUUAAAUGACUUAUGAAUAAAGCAAAAGGAGAAGGAAAGACAAAAGAAAUGAUAUAUGCAUGAAUUUGCAUUGAUUAAGAUACAAUACAAACAUAAACCUUAAAAUGAUUCUGAAUUCCUUUUUGUGCUGUUCUGUUUAGUAGGCAUGUUCAUUGAUAGCUUUUAAUAAGAAGAAACAUGUCUAUUUAGACAUAUGUGGAAUUUGUUUUACAAAAAGUGAAGAAAAUUGCAUCAGAAUAGUUACUAAUGCUUAAUCUUAACCUGGAAAUUCCAAAUAUAAUACCAAAAUGCCAUAAGCAUUUCAAGUUUGUAUAGAACGGAAGAGCAUGAAAUGGUAUAGAGAACUGAAGAUGUGUAAUAUAUGCUGGUAGCUUGUCUGGGUUUAGUGGACUUUUACAUUUCAGGAAGAAAUAAGAGAACUUAGCAGAUGGAAGAAGCAAAAACAUAGAAUAGUCAUCUCCCUCCUGGGCCAGGAAGAUCUGUCAAUAUAAUUUGAAUUUACAUAAAUGUACAUCUUGCAUUCUGAUGGAAACUUUUGUACAAGGUUGCAGAAAGAGAUGUUCAACCUUCCUGAAACUUACCAUCAUCUCCUGCCACAUAAGACAUUUUUGAGGCAUCAAGGGGCAUGACUUCUAUUGGCUGUGAGAGAGUGGGAGGUACUAGAGAAGCAGUCCUGUAGCUGGCAGAAGAAGGUUGGUGCCUUGGGCCUCAAAACUAUCUUCCACGGGAGGGAAAUGGAAAAUUUUGUUCUUCAUGGAAUAUAGAACACCUUAUUUCAUGUCCUCCAUAUGUAUUUUUGCAGAGGUUGUAAAGAAGGGCGAUUAAUACUUUUUAAAAACUGCUUGCCAUCCCCAUUCAAUUCAAGAUUAAGCAAGCAGAGUUCCAUACAUAUGCUGCUAGUGUGCAUGGAUAUGUCUUGUUCAUAGAUGUGCAUGUGUAUUGCAUAUGGUUUCACAAUUAUACAUGGGUGUGCAUUUCACAUACAGAUCAAUGCACAUUCCAUUGUACAAAAUCACAGUUUACUAGUACGGGGGCAUUGUACAACUGCCACAAAAGGUAAUGUUUCUAAAAGAUACAGUCUAUUUCCUGAGUUGAGGUUUGGAACUAAUUGGAAAACUAACCAAUUAGAUCAACAAUUUUAAAAAUCUGUUGACAGGGGGCAUUUCAAAUUUCAUUCUGUUAGCUUGGUGGCUUCCUUGGCGACUUAAAAUGCCUUUUCUUUUGACAAUAGUGCCACAUUUAAAUGGGAUGAUAUAAGAUUCUGCAAUAUGUCAGACCUGGUGCACUUCCAUUAAUAUAUGAAAAUAUUAAAUUUAUUUUUCACAGAAAAAUAACUAAAUUUAUCUGUUUCAUGAAAAGUUGCCAUUUUCCCAUAUAUCAAUUAACUAGGAAAGGUGGUGAUAAGUAUAAUAGAAUGUGCUGUGCUGUGCUGUGCUGUGAAAGUAUUUGCUAGCCAUUGGAAUAUAUAUUGUUACUUCGAACAAAUGAGUACAGACAGUCCUUGAAUGACAAACAUCCAACUUCCAAAUGAUUCAUAGUUAAGAAUGAGGUGAGACAACAGGAAGUGAGAGAAAUCUAACCCUAGGAAGGGAAAUUUAGUCCUUAAAGAGUUAUCAUGGGGAAUAGUAGUCUCAACUCAAGCUUUAUCACCAAUUCUUGUUUCCACAACAAGCCAAUUUUUUCAAAAUCCAAUUAUAACAGGGACAGAAAAUGAAGUGAAAGGGUUACAGACAGCAAACCAAACACCACAGGGGUAUGAAUCCUUCCCUACGCUAUCCAAAGCUUGUGUGUAUGUGGCUGGAGUUACAGUUCUCACUUACAUACAAAUGCAACUUAAGAACAAACCUACAUGACCUAUUUUGUUUUUAAUUUGGGAAUUACCUGUACUACCAAAUCUUUGCAUCAGCUUGAAACAUUAAACAUGCAUGCAUGUAUAAGAAUAUAAUAUGAAAGAAAAUGGUACAUUACUUCCUUAAGAACAGCAGUUCCAGAUUUUGCCCUGUAUUAAUGGUUCAUAUGACUGAAAUAGCUCUGCAAGUGUUAUCCUAGAUUUCGGGUUUUUGAAUUAUUUUGUCCAGGUCAUGGAGAUCACUAUAAGGUCACCUUAAAUUUAAGACAGAUUCAUGUCCAAUUACAUUUCACAUAUAUUUUUACAUCCAGGUCAUUCAUUACUUGAGCAUUUAUUGAGCAUUUAUCCAUUUUAAAUGCAGUUUCUGCCUCCUGAAGAAUUCUGGGGUUUGUAGUUUAGUGAGGUCCAGGACCUGUCUGGCUGAGCUGUUUAAAGGCCCCUCCCUAAAGUGGAUAUAAAGUGGAUCCAAACUCUAGUGUGAUAAGGUCAAUAAGGUCAUAUAAAAAAAGACCUCAGCUACAUGCUAUGAACUGGAUAUAUUGUGCAAUUUAAGUGUCGGAAUGAGUACCAUUAAAUUAAACAAUGGAUACAGUAUUACAACAGGAACUGGCAGCAUAUGGCCUGAAAGAUUCACAAUCCCUACUAUUGCCAAAUUUGGGUUAAUUAAUAACAAAUGAGUGAGUUCACUUUAAAACAAGUACUGUGACGAGUGUACAGCAUCUUAAACCAAAGCAUAUUCCUGAAAUCCUCAUGGAAACAAGGUUUAGUCUUAAAUCAGACAUCUUGCAUGCCUAAUUUAAAUUAAAAUUACUUGCAUGGUUAGUGAUUAAUUCAAAAUGCAGAUCUGUUGGGAGCUUAUACUUUGGCUAACAUCUUUUUUGGAAAUGUAUGAUGUCUACCAGGUUGCAAACGUUUAGAAUGGCAGUGGGGGGAGAGCAUUAUGCAAAUGGAGCAAGCAGCAUGGCCAUUGCCCAACAGUUAUGAUAUAAAACAGUUAAGCAUUUUGCAAGAAUGACUACCCAUGCCCAACGAGGUUGUGCUUGUAUGAGAGAACUUGCCCAAUGAGGUUGCACUUCUACCACCCUAUAAAUAUUGGGUAAUCCAGAAUGAAGGGCAUUGAAAGGUCAUGGAUAUCCAAAACCUUACAGGAAAAAAUGUCUCUGCCAUUUGUGGUUGCCCCAUUGUGUGAUGGGAACCCCUUUGUACAACAGGGCAUCUUGCAUGGAACUCUGUUGGGCACCACAAUUUCUGUAACACCAUUGCAUGUUAUGUCAGUGAUUUAGCUCUAUCACUGCAAAUGUAUGCAUUGCAGCCUGUGAUGCAGGAGCCCAGCCCUUGUUUUUUUGUACUGAUAUUUGAUCCUAGAAUCCCAAUUCAGCUUUAAAACAAGGUACAUGUUUUGUAUAACUGAACCAGUAUAGUGGCAACAGUGGAAUUAUACAGCUCCAGGUGAUAUAGGGAAGAACAAUGAGGCCUUAGGACUGCUGGACAUUGCCCAUCCUGCAUAUCAGUUUACAUAUUCAGGGCUGAACAAAGUAUCCAGUUCCCAUAGAGUACUGUAUUGCUUUUAUACCUUGAUGAGAUUGUAUAUGUGUAUGUGUCAAUAUUGUUUUGAGUUCAAAUGGUAGGUAUAGUACCCAGAUGCCCUGUAAAACUAAGCAGUGGGCGUCGCUAGAAACAGCUUCAGUGAAACAGUCUCCUGAGCAAUAAAAUGCUUUAACUAAAAGUGAAUGGGGUUACUGCUUCUGUCAGAGUGUUUGCACACUCAGUGUCUUCCUCUUAUCUUCCCUGCAGUCUUUCUUUUUUUCUAAGUUUACAGAAUGGGAAUUAAAUUGGACACUCUUGUAAGACUGCUUCACUGGGAGAACAAAAUUGCCAGCUUUCUAUUCCUGCUGUUGGGGUAUAAACUCAGAUGCUGGGCAACAACAUGCAAUCCAGACUGCUUAGAUUGUAUCACUUAGAAAACAUGUAUGAAUGCCCUGCUAUGUCUGCAGGUGCUCACAGAAGGCCAGUGUUAUCAGAAAAGGGCUCCUACUAGCAUAUUUUCCUGAUAUUUCUGAUGUGGAGUGGCAUCUAAUCUUUGACCCCUACCUAAAUUCUAAAUCAUCCAAACUCUUUUUUCUUUUAACUAACUUUUGGGGAAAUCUUAAUAAUCUUGGUCAGCAUCUCUUACAAAAAUGUUAUUUAUUUAUUUUAUAGUGUAGGAUUAUCUGAUCUGAACUAAUUGUUCAAGCAAUGAGAUGCACAAUACUUAGAAAAACACUUGACAUUGAUUUUCUCUGGAAUUUGAUUUUCAACUCUGUGGGAGGUCUAUCCAGCCAUUGUCAAACUGUCACUAGCACAGAAUGUCCUAAAUUCUAAAGCCAGCCAGCCUUUAGACAGAACUCAGAGCUACUCCAAUAUAUAACUAUAACCAAACAUGGCAUUUUCACAACAUGUGGCCAUGGCACAAAGAGAGGACUUUAAAGGGAACAUCUAGGCCAGAGGUUCCCAGCUAUGGGUCCUCCAGGUGUUUUGGAUUUCAGCCCCAGAAUUCCUGAUAGUUGACCAAAUUGGCUGGGGCUUCUGGGAGUUGAAGUCUGAAACAGCUGGAGGGACAAAGGUUGAAAACCACGAAUCUGGGCUAAUCAAUAUGGCAUCAUCAGACAAGUCUUCAGAUCCAGUCUUCCAGUCUUCUAUGGUAAAGGACCAUAAAAUAAACACUGAAAAAUCUUCUUGGCUAAUAAUGUAAUCCAUUUUGUUUGAGUUCUAUCUGUAAUAUCAGACAUGGGGAAAGUGCAGCCAGAUGUUAUUAUUAUGCCUGCUAGGACUUCUGGGAGAUGCAGUCCAACAACAUCUGGAAGGCCUUCCUAUUUUCAUCUCUGUUUUAGAUACAUUUAAUUAAAUGAAGUUUCCAACACCCUAGCCCAUCCAAAUAACACCACUACGGAGUUUCUGUGCUCUGAAAAUAUCAUAUUAUUUAAGAGAGGAUUGAUUUUCUCAUAAAUAUUCUAACUGAAGUAAGAGUAACCACAUAUCUCCAGAGAUAUCAUAGUACUGCUAUAUAAGCUUGCAGAAAACAACUUCUUACAUGGUAAGUAGUUAAGUGGGGAAAAUAAUACAAAGUUGUCAUUACAAGGAAAAUGAACACAAAGUAAGCUAAAUGAUAUUUAUUUUAUACAGUUACUAAUAUGAAUAACAACUCAUAAGCUUUAUGACAUAACUGGGAUUUACAGAGCAUUCUUCUAUGAGGAAAUGGUGCUUGGAUAGUCUGAAAGGAAUGCUUUAGAACUGGUUUAUGUCAGUGCUACUGUUCUAGAGAAGACAAAAGUGAUGAUCAUAUAAUAAGAAUGUAUUAAUAAAGAGCUGUGUUAUUUUUCUUGUAUUUCACAUGUAUCUAAAUUUUAAUGUCAUUGAAUGGCAACAAUUAAAUCAUGUUGAUCUUUUUCAAAAUAAAGAAUUUCUUUCUGGACAAACAA